UUGCUUUAGGAUAGCUGUGUUUGUCACUUAGAGCUGUUAUUCAGUACCCAACCUGAUUAAAAUGUGGCCUGUGGAGUCACAGGCCUUGAUGGGGGUGGUGGUUAAAGGUCAACAUUACUCUGAGGCAAAUAAAAACUCAGCUAGUAUUUGUAUGUUUGAUCAGGGAUAUUAAUUGAGGUCAGGGUUAGCCUGGCUUUGUACUCAUAGUCUCUUUACCUAGUGCCAGUCCUACUAACCCUACAGCGCUAGUGAACUUCAGCACCAAGUUGCGUAGCUGGAUGAUUCUCCCUUCAGAAAGAAAGCUUUCCAGAACCUCGAGGUGUUCCGGCCAAUUGACUACUUUCACUGAGCGAGACCAGUUAGAAUGCCCUUGUUGCAGCCCUACUUGCCAACUCAGCAAAGUACCUGUUGGUGACGGUGACAUUUCUACUCUAUGGUUCCGUUCCAUGCUGGACUUUUGGGAAGUGAACAUUGCACAAGACAGCUGCGGAGUUUGGAGUUGCUCUUCCCUGACACUCAUUGGUCCUGGGGCUGGCCCUCUGGCCCAUAUACACACCCCCAACAAAGCCAGGCCUAUGCACUGUGCUCCAUGUCUCCUCUGAGCUGCGGCCCAGUAACGCAAUGUGCCUUUUGGACACCAUGGAAGUGGGGAAAUAUGGUAACAACACAGUUCCAGAGAGAAGCAAAGGAGUACUCUUGGAGCCUUUCAUUCACCAAGUUGGCGGACACACUAGUAUGAUGCGCUAUGAUGAUCACACUGUUUGUAAACCCCUCAUCAGUCGAGAGCAGAGGUUCUACGAGUCACUGCCACCAGAAAUGAAAGAAUUUACUCCAGAGUACAAAGGUGUUGUGUUGGUAUGUUUCGAAGGAGGUCGUGAUGGUUACAUUAACCUGGUUGCGUACCCAUAUGUGGAAAGUGAAAAUUUAGACCAAGAUGAAGUUCAAGAAAGGGAACAACCUCGCAGGAAACAUUCACGGAGAAGCCUUUACCGGUCAACUAGUGGUAGUGAGAACCUGAUCCAGAAGGAAGAUUCUGACAAUGCAGAGAGCACUCAGGAGAUGAAGAGUCCAAGGGUGGAGCUGCAGGUUCCAUCGGACAUUCCCUUCCAAAUGCUGGAUAGCAACAGUGCACUGAUUUCAGAGAAGAUCAGCUUCAACCCUUGGAGUCUACGUUGCCAUAAACAGCAGCUGAGUCGCAUGCGUUCAGAAUCAAAGGACCGGAAACUCUACAAGUUUCUGCUCCUGGAGAAUGUGGUUCAUCAAUUUGGAUAUCCUUGUAUUCUGGACCUAAAAAUGGGGACCAGGCAGCAUGGAGAUGACGCAUCUGAGGAGAAGGCAGCACGUCAGAUGAGAAAAUGUGAGCUGAGCACUUCGGGAGCACUGGGUGUGCGAGUGUGUGGAAUGCAGGUGUAUCAGUUAGACUCAGGGCAUUACGUGUGCAGGAACAAGUACUAUGGUCGCAGUCUUUCCAUCGAAGGGUUUGGCAAAGCUCUGUAUCAGUUCCUGCACAAUGGCAGUUACCUACGUGUGGACUUGUUUGAUGUUAUUCUGCAGAAACUUCGUAGCCUCAAGGAGGUUCUGGAGAAGCAAGCUUCUUACCGCUUCUACUCCAGCUCUUUGUUGAUUAUCUACGAUGGAAAGGAGCGGAAGGCAGAUCAGCGACACAAACCCACAGGUGCAAUGAACCAAGACAACCUGCAGGAAAGCACCGGCUCCUUGCCAUCCUCAUCUUCCUCCUCGACCAGCACUCAGGACCUGCCGAAAAUUGAUGUGCGAAUGAUAGACUUUGCCCAUAGCACAUUCAAGGGGUUUCGGGAUGAUCAAACUGUGCAUGACGGACCUGACAAAGGUUAUAUCUUCGGACUGGAGAAUCUCAUUAGUAUCCUAGAAGAGAUUCAACUCCAGAAUCAGUAGCAUAUUCCAAACUGUUCCUAUUUCUUUACCUAUUACUCGGGGGGGAUAGGUGCUGACCUCUCCCUCUCAAGCACAUACUUAUGACUGCUUACUCUGAUACUCAUCGCAGCGAUGACGCCACAGAAAAAAAUACUGUCAACUUCUGGCAAAUUGCUAGACAAAAAGCGAGUUUGUUGUUCAAACUGUUUGUUAUAUCCCAAUGUAUAAAACUGUUACAUAGUUACAUGGAGCAGCACUGCCUGUACUGACACUAAUGCAUCUUGUAAAGGGAGCAAUGCCAUUCACUUACUGUGGCCUGCCAUACAAUGACAGGUGCCAAUGUGGGGGGCACCCACUCGGUACCAAAGCAGCAUGCAGGCCAGGUAAUUCUCAUACUGCUCCCAAAGACCAAGACUGCAUGGAUUGCUGUAUAUUUGUAAAUGCUGGGACAAAUGUCCUCAUUUACGACCACCUGAAUGUGUGAAGGACUCCAUAAUUUAACACUCAGGUUCUUUAGCUGACAGGUGUGCGGGUUUGUUUUGAAUUUCACUCCUUCCCUUGAAUAUUAUUCCCUUCAGUACCUUGCCAGGGGUAAUCUCUCACUGUCCAGCGAUUUAAUGCACAGAGCCUGUGGCUCAUCUGCUCCUUGGAAAGCUGUUGCACAUUCUACGGAAGACAGAUCAGAGUAGCGUCCCAAGAGUCGGAUUAUGGACCAACGCUGGAUUACUGCAAAGGACUGUGCGUAACAGGGUUAGAGCUUCGUACGGGUGUUAGUUACAAGUAUCGCAAAGCAAGGCUCUUCUCCUAGCUAGCGCAAUCUUUCCUUUUCAACACUGGAUGAGUGAGCAGACAGAAAAUAAAUAAGCUCAGACUGUAACGGACUUCCAGUGAAUGUAACCAGAAGUAGCGGAAGUGUGGGAGCCAUUUCCCGUUGCUCAUUCCCAGAAGGAUCUGGCUUUCACCUGUUGUACAUGUAGUUGCUUAUUUCUGUCCUGCUGAUUCAGUGGAGACAUUUAGUAAUUUGUAGGAAAGCACAUUGACACAAAGCAGGUGUGUUUAUAAAACUGACCUGUAAGCUGUUCCUAAUAUAAAGCUCUUAUGUUGCCAUCCUUUUGUUUGAAUAUGUUAACUUUACACAUCUUUGCUUACAAGUAUUUGCAGUAGUUACAAGUUUCAAACUAAUUCUACUGUGUAAUUUUUAAGAUUGCUAUUUUGUUACGUUGAUCCCAAAUCUUUAUUUUUGUUUAUCGAAGUGUAUGUUCUAGUCUAGACCAUGAAGUACUGAGAGCCCUGGUUUACAAAUGCUGUCCAUCCCUUAAAGCUGCAGUAUCUCUUUUGAGUGACAAAUUCAAGAAAAGCUAAAACCUGUGGCACUUUUCUCCAGAAUAAGGUACCAGUUGACCGGCAGAUGGCCUGGAGCAUUGGUCCAUGUGGCCAAGGUUAGAGAGUGCAGUUGUUUGAGACCGAUGAACGUGAAUAACCAACCCCCCCCCCCCCCACCCCCGAGUGCUGCCUGCUCAGACUCUAGGUUUGAAUUCAAACUCCUGUGUAAGCAUUUUAUUGUGAGCUCAUAGCACACUUGGAGUUGCACAGUGUAUUGUGUCUACUUGCAUCUAAGAAUAUGGGCAUGUGCUGAUUUGGAGGGCAUAGCAUUUUUCCUUCCCCUGGCAUCGAACGUUUGCAUGCCAAACUUCCAAAGGGAAAGUGGAUUUACAAAAUUCCACACUCCUUUUUUUAAGCCGUGAGCAAGGUUUUAUAUCAAGCUCCUGGUAUUAUUCUGACCCUGCCAGUUGGUUAAUAAACUAUGACCCUAGGCUGGGACCUGUGACGGGGUGAAUUGUACGUAGCGUGCAAAUGAUAUAUGGAACACACCAGAGAGAUGCAGGAGCCUGCAGUAUCUGCUGGAGAGGCCUGUGGAGAAGUUUCCAGCUAAAAUAACACUUGUAAACAGUUUACAGGAAAUCUUUACUGAUUCACUUGACCCUGUUUGACCAGAUGAUUGGACCAUAAUUCACUCCAGUGAUUUCAUUCACUAGAAAUGGAUUCAGCUUGGUGAUUCUCACAGCUGAUUUGAAGUGAGCCAUGGAGCAGAGCAGUGAAGAAUGUUCAUGUGUGGUAGGCAGAAGAAACUGAAAUUUAAGCUAAUGACUUUCACAUCCUACUGACCCUCAUCCCUAUGAGCACAUAGGACACACACCAGGCACACAAAUAAAUCCAAAAGUUCUUGGCACAUCUUUAAAUGUCUCCAAAAGCAUGAAUUCUAAAACCAAAAUGAACCAACACUGUAUCAUAGCAAAUUAGUAAAAUGCGCAGAAUAUCAAAUGUAAUUCUGUGCAUCUGUAAUCCCUGUCCUCAAUUCACUUUGCUUGAAGCUUUCUUGCCCAAAAGGUAGCCCUGAAUCCAAAUCCAUUUAUCAUUAACAGGAUACUUCUGGAAGAGGCCGGGUGCUAUUCAAUGGGUGUAAAAUGUUGAGUUUACAGGUCUCAGUGGCUGGGGACCUUACGCUGUGCCCAUCCCUAUGAAAGCCCCUUCUUCCCACAUUCCUUGUGGAACAGCUUGUAGACACUCAGAAGCAAUUGCUAAACUGUCUUUAUUCCAAAAGCCCAGUUGGCCAAUAGAAAAGGCAAAGACAAAGGGAAAAUGGCAGCAUCACUCCUCGAUGGGACCCCACUGCAAGCUGGAAAGAAGGAAGUUCCAUUCAUUGCCUUCCAUACAUGUAAUCCAUUGCAUUCCAGAAAAGAGAACAGUGCCCAACAUUUUGGGAGAAAGGGAGGAACGUCAUGUGAGCUUCACCAUUAUUUUGACCUGGAGCUCACAGUUUAAUGCAGCAUGCUGUGAGCUGUAGCUCUGUAGUUAGGACCAAGCAGCAGUGAGGGGAUUUGAGCCCACCGGCGUAUGUGCAUUGAGGCUCACGCUACCUAGGGUCAAAGAUCUAGAAAUGGUUCCUCUCAAAUUGGAAGACAUUGAAGACAGCAGAGGUUCAUGUGGGAAGAGACUUGUCAGGGGAAAUUAGUGAUUUUUUAAAACCUCAGAAUUGUUUUUAAUCUCUUUUAUUUUCAGGGGUAUAUAUGGGUGGGGACCAACAUGGCUGCUCAAAGAAGUCUAAUUAAACAUUUCAGGUAUUUGAUUAGUUGCUUUAGUAGCGGUUGCUGGUUGUUCAUUAGCUUAGUAAGAGAAGAUUUUUAAUAAAUGCAGUAUUUUAUUCUAGCAGUGCAGUAGUUUCUGAGUACUCAAGUUCCCAUUCACGAAUAAACCAGUCAGCACGCUGCUCUGAGUCCAGCCAUUCUUUUCUUUCCUGACCUCCUGGGGAAAGACAAUCAAGCAGUGCUGUUAAAUAUUUCUCCAGCCCUCUUGCUUCUUAAUAGAUCUAUCACCGUAUGCUUCCUGGGAAGCAUUGGACAAACUUGUCAGAAGUGAGUAUGUUUUGAGCAGGCCUGUAGCUUGACGACCUUCUGAGACAUUGACAGUGAAUGAAAUGUAUUUAGCGGAGCAAUGCGGCCUAGGUUUGUUACGUACAGGCUACCCUUGUUUUUAAAAAAUAAAUAAAUUGUUGUAUCUUAGUUGUUUAAAGACUUUUUCAAAAAAAAUUACAAAUGAGUUAAGGAUCACUUCUGAUCCUGAGCUGUGUCUACUUUUUUGGGCCCUUUGUUUCUAUGGCAGUACGUUACUGAGGAGCAAUCACGAGUGAUACUGCCAUCUCACCGUACUUAUCUAUAAAUGACCAGAGGUUGACAGGCCCAGAAAAUGAGAGAAAGCUCAACUCUGAGCAUUUUAAAACGUUAGGUUCCAAUUUCCUUUUCAGUUAUUUUCUGCAAAGAGAAAUGACAGUGCAAGUUUGACUUUUGGGGGAAAAAAGCACUGCUAUUUUAAAAUAUAGGGGCAAUUAAAAGAAAUAAAGAAGGAAUGGAAUGGCACAAAGUUAGCCCAGGAUCAUGGAGCAAUAGGUGCUCUAUCAGUCCCUGGAGCAUUAACUGCACUGUGAUUGUGAAAGCCCUCAAUUGUCCAGGAGUACCUGGUCAGCCCCAGGUUGUUGCAGAUGGAGAUGUGAGCAAUAAUACAUCCUGGAUCCAGUGGUAUGUUGGGUAGGCUCAACUCUGGAGCUGCCUGGCCUGAGUGGCAACAUUGUAAAGAUACAUCAUGGCACAGACAGUGACCUGCCCAUUGUGAAGGAAACAGCCCAAUCCAGGUAUGUUUUCUGCUCUGUUUAGAUUGUUCAAACUUCGCCGUUUUGCAAAAGGUCCAAAUGUAAAGGGCUGAUCUCCAGAAUCUCUCUCCAACUGUCCACUGGCUGUUUGCAACUAGGUAGGGUUUAAAAUGUGCCUGUCUAUAAAUGUAGACCUGGAAUUAACCCCACACGGUGCUGCCAAAUUUAUUUUCCUGCAGAAUAUCAAGUCUGCCUUGUGUGAACUAUGAAGAAACAGGACAGGGUGUGGCAUAACUUCCUUUCACGAUGAGUGCUGUGCCCUAUUGAUGUACCAAGAGCUGAAGCCACCUGAUCAGAAGGGAUACUGCAGCUUUGAUGUGGUACUCAGUAAUAGAGGGGUGGGAGGAAGACAGUGGGAAUUGAAGGAUGAGGCUGAACAUGUUUUUCUUGUUCACUCAUGUUAAAGCCACAUUGAGCUCCUGGUAAUUUACUACAACUAUCUUGCAGAAGUGCAGGGAAGUGUUAAAUUUCUGCACAUUAAAACCAGACAGAAAACCCCUCAGCUCCAAACAGGCAGGGGAAUUGUUUUGUUAUAUUACUAAUUUAUUCAAAGUAGUUUCAGUGGUUUUUUUUCACUGUAUUUCUAUUGUGCAACUGUAUCUUCAAUGGUAGAUCUCUCUUCAGGAAUCUUUGGGCAUGAGCAUACUGUAUCCUUGUGAUCUGUGUUUGACAGUGUUACCUCCCAGUUGUCACAGUUAUGUAUAAAAUAAAUACAUUUAGGAAACAUAA